AUGCCGCGUCCCAAAGAGCCGCUGCCUUCGCCUGAUUUGCUCUCGCCAUCGUCGCUCCCGACCGAUCUGCCCAAAGUCGAAGUCUCGAUGGUCGAAGCAGCCGAUGUGACAGGUGUGACCUUCACUCCAGAUCUAUGGAUGCAGAGGCGACAUUGGGCACUGGACGUGCUGCGAAGGGAAGGCGUACGAUCCGUCCUAGACGUCGGUGCAGGCCCUGGAGCACUUCUCGAAACCCUCAUCCAACCUCCAGCGACUAUACAAGAAGCACCACUCCGCCGGCGAACGACCAAGAGCGGUACCCCGACGGGAGAGCCCAGCGUCGAGGGAGAAGAGCCAGAGUUGUUCCUAAAUCGUCUCGCGGCUCUCGACCCCGAACCCAGCGUCCUACCCUCAGCACUCUCGAUCCUCGCCCCUCCAAACUCCACCUCAACCUCGGCGGCACCUACUAGAACUCGGCGUUUCUCUCCUUUGACCACUGAGCUCUGGCUGGGCGGGAUCGAGUCGUACAAUCAGCAUCUGGAGGGGUAUGAGGCAAUGGUGGCGCUGGAGGUCAUUGAGCACCUGGAUCCGCUGGUGCUGAGCCGCUUUGGUGUGGUCUGUCUGGGGACGUAUAGGCCGAGGCUGUUAUUGAUAUCCACCCCGAACUUCGACUUCAACGCCAAAUUCCCGAGGCAUGACGAUCAUGGAGAUGGAGAGAACAACUUUGCGCGGAAGGGGUUCAUUGAUCCCACUGGAAGGACAGAGCGGGUGUUCCGUCACUCCGACCACAAGCUCGAAAUGACCUCUGCCGAGUUCGCUUCCUGGGCCAACUCUGCCGCUCAAGAUUGGGGCUACGAGGUCGAGCUCUCCGGCGUCGGUCUCUCCUCCUCCCCGUCCUACUAUCCCUCCGACCACCACUUCUCCCCCAACGCUCCCAUCUUCGCCAGCCAAGUCGCGCUCUUCCGUCUCGCCUCCGGUAUCCCUAUGCGCUCUCCCCGCUCUGUCCGAUCUAGCGAACUACCAUGGCUCAGCAAGGAGACGGCGCAUCCGCACAAGCUCGUCGGGCGCUUCUUGCUUCCGAGCACCAUCAUGGCGGAAGCGGCGGGUCGGCAUGGCAAGAAGGCGGGUGUCGAGGAGGUACAGGAACGAGUGAGAGCGCUCCUGACCGCGUGGAAGAUCGGGGAGGUGAGCUUGGGGGAGCUCUGGGGAGACUCGGUGCUCGCUGCUGGUCUGUGCGGCGGGAGCAAGCGGUGGUUGGUGGGGUGUCUGGGCGGGUGGGGUGAUCAGGUGUCCCUGCUGGAAGAUGCGGCGGGAGAGGGGGAGUUUCAUGUGGGAUGGGAUGAUCCAGGUCGGGCAGGAAGGGGGAUGACGGUCAGGUGGAAUCAGUACAAGGCGGCAAAGACGGAGGAGGAUGAGGGCAGGGGGAUGAAGGAGCUGCCGCCAAGGGAAGAACCGAGUGAGAAGACGGGCGGGUGGUAG